AUGGCUGAUAAAUGCUGCACUGGAAAGCGUCGCUCUUAUGCAUCGUCUAUUCAUCCACUAGACCCUCUGUCUGUUGACGAGAUUACCACCGCUGCUACGCUCCUUCGCCAACAUGCGCACCCAAUCGCCCUCAAAUUCAAUUGCAUUACCCUCCACGAGCCGCUCAAAGCCGAGCUGACAGCUUUUCUGGGUGGAACAGGGCCCCGUCCCGCCCGUCUUGUCUUUUCCAUCAUGCUCAAGAAGGGCACUCCGGAGAUCUCCGAGGCUAUUGUCAAUCUGACAACAAGGAAGGUUGAAUCCUGGAAGAGCGUCAAAGAUGUUAUGCCGACGCUGACUCUGGAUGAUCUCAACAUCGUCGAGCGCAUCGCCAGCAAGGAUCCCCGGGUGAUCGAAGCAUGCCGGGAAAUUGGCAUAACGGACAUGUCCCGUGUCUAUUUUGACGCCUGGGCCAUUGGGAUUGACGAGCGCUGGGGCUUUGAGCGCCGGCUGCAACAAGCACUGCCGUAUUACCGCAGCUCCCCACAUGACAAUCAGUAUGCGCACCCGCUUGAUUUUACGGUUGUCGCCGACACAGAGACCGAGGAGAUCCUCAGCGUGGAUGUCAGACGUGUGAAAGGAGAACGAACUCCGGUGCCUCUGGACGAGCAUAACUAUCUCCCUCAGUUUAUCAAACAUCAGUAUCGUCCAGAUCGCCUAAAGCCCAUUGAAAUUACGCAGCCAGAGGGCGUCUCAUUCAGGAUGAAUGGCAAUGAGAUCGAAUGGGCCGGACUCAAAAUGCAUAUUGGGUUCAACUACCGCGAAGGCAUCGUGUUAUCGAACAUCCGGAUCGACGACCCGUACGAGAAGCGCGAGCGGAAGCUGUUUCACCGUGUCAGUGUGGUGGAGAUGGUGGUUCCGUACGGCUGUCCCAAGCCACCGCAUCACAAGAAGCACGCCUUUGACGUGGGUGAAUAUGGUUCUGGGUUCAUGACCAACUCGCUCAAGCUCGGCUGCGACUGCAAGGGUGCCAUCCACUACCUGGAUGCCGUUCUAGCCACAUCCACCGGCGACGCCACCGUUAUCGAGAACGCUAUCUGCAUUCACGAAGAAGACCACGGGCUCCUCUACAAGCAUACCGACUUCCGCGACGGCAACGUCAUCUCAGCUCGCGACCGCAAACUCAUCAUCUCCCAGAUCAUCACGGCCGCCAACUACGAGUACGCCUUCUACCACACCUUCACGCUCGACGGAACGUACAAACUCGAAGUCAAGCUCACAGGCAUGCUCAACACCUACUGCCUGCACCCCACUGAACAAGCCGCACCCUUCGGCACCGAGAUCGCCCGCGGCCUCGACGCCCAGAACCACCAGCACAUCUUCUCCCUGCGCGUUGACCCCGAAAUCGACGGCCCCAGCAACACCGUCGUGCAAAGCGACGCUGUCCCCAUGGCCGACCCCGUCGGCUCCCCCGCCAACCCCUACGGCAACGGCUUCUACGCCAAAAAGACACCCCUCCGGACCGCCCUCCAAGGCGCAGCAGACUACUGCCAUGAAACCACCCGCUCAUGGGACAUCACCAACCCGACCCACCUCAACCCAUCCACCCGCAAGCCCAUCGCCUACAAGAUCCUCAACAAUAACUGUCCCCCGCUGCUCGCAAAACCGGGAAGCACGGUCCACAAGCGCGCAGGGUUCGCGCGCCACGCGCUCUGGGUCCUGCCCUAUCGUGACCACGAGGUCUUUCCUGCGGGGCAGUACGUGUGCCAGUCAACAGGGGAAGAGGACCACCCGCACAAUCCGACGAUCGUCGACUGGGCAGCGAGGGACGAGUGCAUCGAGAAUACGGAUAUUGUGUGUUAUAUCCAGUUUGGACUCACCCAUUUCCCGCGCACGGAGGACUUUCCGAUCAUGCCUGCGGAGCCGGUGAGUGUGAUGCUGCGGGCAUCGAAUUUCUUUCAGAAGAAUCCGGCGCUGUGGGUGCCGCCUUCGGAUGUGGUGAGGGAUCUGAGUUCGAGGAAAGCAGUUGAGGCGAAGCAGUUGAAGGAGACGUCGAGGCUAUAG